AUGUCUCAUUAUCAGGAGCACAAUGUUGAGGACAUGGAGGAUGAUUACGACAUGGAUGAUCCGGUAGAUGACAUGGAUGGUGAAGAUUACCUAGGGCCGGAGGCUAGGGACGACUCUGAUGAGGAGGAUGAUGAGGAUGCCGAAGCGAAUAAGGCAUCCGACACAUCAUCUGAAGAAGCAAGACGUGGAAAAGACAUUCAAGGAAUACCAUGGGAUCGCUUGGAACUUACCAGAGAAGGAUACAGGGAGACAAGAUUAUUACAGUACAAAAACUACGAGAACAUACCUAAUUCUGCAGAAACAGCAAUGAAGGCAUGCAAAUCUACUGAGAAAGACGGAACAUAUUAUGAGUUCAGGCGAAAUACUAGAUCAGUAAAAUCUACUAUUCUACACUUUCAGCUGAGAAAUUUAGUAUGGGCUACAUCUAAGCAUGAUGCCUACCUAAUAUCACAUUACUCGGUGCUACACUGGUCAGCAUUGAGUGGUGUGGACACAGAAAUUAUGAAUGUCGAAGGGCAUAUUGCACCAAGUGAGAAACAUCCAGGAAGUUUAUUAGAAGGGUUUUCUCAGACUCAAGUUAGUACGCUGGCAGUCAAGGAUAAUUUGCUAGUAGCUGGUGGUUUCCAGGGAGAGCUAAUAUGCAAGAACCUGGACCAAGAAGGAAUAAGCUUUUGCUGCAGGACAACAUAUGAUGAUAAUGCAAUCACCAAUGCAGUGGAGAUAUUCAACACCUCUAGUGGUGCUGUUCACUUCAUUGCAUCUAUUAACGACUCCGGUGUACGAGAAUAUGAUAUGGAAAGAUACCAGUUAUGUAAGCAUUUCCGCUUUGGUUGGCCAGUGAAUCACACGUCUUUGAGCCCUGAUGGGAAGCUUGUUCUCGUUGUCGGGGAUGAUCCAGAUGCUUUGCUUAUUGAUGCUAAUUCAGGAAAGACUGUUCAUUCUAUGAAAGGUCACUUGGAUUUCUCAUUUGCAUCGGCUUGGAGCCCUGAUGGUCGGACAUUUGCCACUGGCAAUCAAGACAGGACAUGCCGGGUCUGGGAUGCCAGAAAUCUCUCGCAGUCUCUCCAUGUCUUGAGGGGUAACCUUGGUGCUAUAAGAUCUAUUCGCUACACAUCAGAUGGUCAGUUCCUGUCGAUGGCGGAGCCAGCAGACUUUGUCCACAUCUUUGAUGUCAAAAGUGAUUAUAACAAGAGGCAAGAGCUGGAUUUCUUUGGUGAGAUAUCUGGCAUGUCUUUCAGCCCUGACACGGACACACUCUUCGUCGGUGUUUGGGACAGGACCUAUGGCAGCCUACUUCAGUAUGGCCGCCUCUAUAACUACUCAUACCUUGACUCGCUGUUCUAA